AUGACUGAAUCAACGAUACCCGAGUCCCAAGAGACCCCCGAUCCCGUGCAACCUUUGCAUCUCACCAGGAGGGAGACACGAGAAACCCUGCGUAACAUUGGAAUAUCGGAGCACCCUGCACCACUGGACUACAACUACCCCGAAGUUGGACGAACGGAAAGCCCUUUGUUCCCGGAAGAAUAUGUUAUCGAGACUAGCACUGGUCUCGUUCCACAAGCUACCUUGGAACAAGUUCGAUCUCGAGUCUCUACGUCUACUGCGGCCACACAACGCAACAGGUUCCCUAUAGACCUCGAGAAAUGUCCCGACAAAGGCACAGAAUAUGUGACCUUUACUAUUGGAGAUCCAGAGCAUCCCCAUAACUGGUCCCGUCUUUAUCGGUGGUAUAUUACACUGGUCGCCUCAGCAUUGGUGGUGUGCAUUGCUUAUGGCUCGUCCAUCGUCACGGGUGGUCUGGGAUUGAUCCAGGAAAAGUAUCAUGUUUCGUUGGAAGUUGCUAUCUUGACUUGCUCGAUCAUGGUCUGUGGUUUCGCAGUCGGCCCGUUGCUCUGGUCUCCCUUGUCCGAGAUCAUCGGUCGACGGCCCGUUUAUAUUAUCUCACUGGGGCUUUAUGUCAUUUUCAAUAUCCCGUGCGCGCUCUCGCCUAACAUUGGAGGUCUCCUUGUGUGUCGGUUUCUCUGCGGUGUUUUUUCCAGUUCGGGUCUAUCUCUCGCUGGAGGUACCAUUGCAGACAUUUGGAGCACUGAGGAGCGCGGCAUGGCUAUCGCCUAUUUCGCCGCUGCGCCAUACUGUGGACCUGUUAUCGGCCCCAUUGUGACCGGUUGGAUCAAUGUUGGAAGCGGUCGAUUAGAUCUAUUCUUCUGGACAAACAUGGCAUUUGCCGGCGUGAUCAUGAUCAUGAUCGGCCUGAUCCCCGAGACUUACGCGCCUGUCAUUCUCAAGCGACGAGCUGCCAAGCUUCGAAAGGAGACUGGCAAUCCAAACAUCAUCACAGAACAAGAGCAAACCAAGCUCACUCUACGCGAUAUUGCUCGCACAAGUCUGAUCCGCCCGAUUACAAUGAUUAUGACGGAGCCAGUCCUUGAUCUCAUGUGCAUGUACAUCGUUCUAAUCUACUCUAUGCUUUACGCCUUCUUCUUCGCUUACCCAGUUAUCUUCGGCAAGCUUUAUGGCUACAACGAUGGUCAGAUCGGCUUAAUGUUCAUUCCCAUUUUGAUCGGCGCCGGCUUCUCAUUGGCGACAACCCCUGUCAUCGAGAAGCAAUUCAAGCGAAUUUAUGACUCGCGAACACCCACCCCCGAAGAUCGACUGAUCGGUGCCCUCAUCGGAGCUCCAUUCAUCCCUAUUGCAUUCUUCUUGCUGGGUGCUACGUCUUUCAAACAUAUCAUCUGGGUGGGACCCGCUUCGUCGGGAAUUGCCUUCGGAUACGGAAUGGUGUUGUGCUAUUACUCCGUGAACAACUACAUCAUUGAUUCUUAUCAGAAAUAUGCUGCGUCGGCUCUGGCUGCGAAAGUGUUUUUGCGAUCCGGAGGUGGUGCUGCUUUCCCGUUGUUCACUACCCAGAUGUAUGAUCGCCUUGGUCUUCAGUGGGCCUCGUGGCUGCUUGCAUUUAUUGGUGUUGGCAUGGUGUUUAUCCCAUAUGUCUUUUACAUGUUCGGAGGGCAGCUUCGCGCCAAGUUGACGCGAGAUUGA